ACAACAAGAAAACAAAGCUUUCACUAGUACUUCAAAUUUUCAAGCGUCUAUACUGCUGUCAUCCAUUGGCCUGCUAUUAAACCGUGCGCCACAAUGUAACGGCUCGUUCACGAGAAAAAGAAAUGUGUACCCAUUGCAUUAUACUCACAAGUCACUUGAACAUCCAUGCACCAUGAUGGAUGCCGCCCCGGCAAAACAGCUCUAUAUAAACCUCCGUCGUAGCCUUUCUCCGUGCCAUCACCUCAUCAUAACUCUCUCCCCAGAAGGAACCGUGCGACGGGCAUCUCCUCCCCCGUGUCAGCACGACACGACGCACCAGGCAGCAGCAGCCGGCGGCGCCGGGAAGGAGGGAGAAGUUGGUAAUGGGGAACAGCCUCCGGUGCUGCCUGGCGUGCAUGCUCCCCUGCGGCGCGCUGGACGUGGUCCGCGUGGUGCACCUGAGCGGGCACGUCGACGAGUUCAGCUGCCCCGUCGCGGCGGCCGACGUCCUCGCCGCGCACCCGAACCACGCGCUCACCGACGCGUGGUCCGCCGGCGCGUCCCGCAAGAUCGUCAUCCUUUCGCCCGACUCCGAGCUCAAGCGCGGCCGCAUCUACUUCCUCAUCCCCUCCGCCGCGUGCUCAUCGGCGCCCGCCGCCGCCGAGAUGAAGAAGAAGAAGCGCAGCAAGAGCCGCGCCAGCAACACCAAGAAGAAGGCGCACGGCCACGGCCACGGCCACCGGAAGCGCGGCGGGGCCGCCUCUGUGGCGGUGGCGGCGUCGCUGAUGAGCACGGCGGAGCAGGACAACUAUUUGCGGGAGCUCCUGUCGGAGAAGCGGGAGGUGAGCCUGAGCCACUACCGGCGGCGGCGGAGCGGCGCCCGCCCCGGCGUGUGGCGGCCGCGGCUGGAGAGCAUAGCGGAGGAGGAGCCGUCGUCAGAGUAGCUCUCCCUCUGAUCCACGAGUUGUUCUCGCCAUUUCUUUGUCAUUUCUCCAUCUUCUGAUGUGAAUAUCUAGAAUCACCGGCCGGCCGCCGAUGAGGAAGCGUUUUGGGUUCUCUGUUCUCUCUCGCGGCUUGGCUCUGUUCGAUCCAUGGUCUCCCUGUUUUGUGUGUGUAAGCAUCUUCAGGGCUGCUUCAGCGCUCUUUGCCUCGGAAGUCGAGUGGAAACUGGAGAGCGAUAAAAACACUGAGCGAUUGUAAGAUCCAAGCCAAUCUGUACAAACAGAAUUACUAGUUUGAGUUCAUCUGGGUUUUGUUUA